AUGUCUCAGAAUACGGAAAAACGGCAGCACAUUGCCAUUGUCGGUGGAGGUGCUGCAGGCAUGUCUUGUGCCGCAACGCUGGCCAGACAUCUCGACAUAUUCAAAAUUACCUUGAUUGAGAAGGAAGCCGUGGUUGGCGGUCAAGCGACUUCAAUUCCUCUUAACGCCCAACAGCAUGGUGCCUCGUGGAUGAACAAUGGGGUCCAGGGCGGCUCAGGUAUAUUUAAACACACUUUUCAUUUCUUCCGACAAUAUGGCCAUCCUGCCCAGGAGGUCCGUCUUCAGGUUUCCUUCGGCAAAGGAAAGGACCGCUUCUGGACCAACUGCUUCCCGAGCCCUCUCGUCAAGCAGUUUGACUCUGACAUUAAACGCUUUGGCACUUUCCUGAAAGUCAUAAAAUGGAGUCUACCAGUGCUUGGGAUUGUUCCCAUUUCUAUAAUGCUCAGAGUGUUUCUUUUCAGCAAAGACUUUGGCGACAAGAUGGUGUAUCCCCUCAUUGCUUUAUUCCUGGGCACUGGAAACCAAACUGCUUCCGUUCCCUCAGGUAUUGUGGAACGUCUCUUCAACGACCCCAACAUGAAACUGUGGGAUUACGACCCGGAGACUCUGUUGCCAAACUUGCCCACCAUGUAUACCUUCGAUAGGCUUCAUGACUUCUACUCGGCGUGGCGGGAAGACCUGACAAGCAAGGGUGUUUCUUUUGCCUUGGAAACUGAGGUUCAGGAAACGGUAUCACGGUCAAAGAACAACGUGAUCCUAAAACUGAGGGAUAUACACGCAAAGGAGAGCAGAGAGGAGAGCUUUGACAAAGUUGUCUUCUGCUCCCUCGCGGACGAGACACUUCGGAUUCUAGGCAAGAAAGCAACUUGGCGGGAAAAGUUCGUUCUCGGCGGUGCAUCUUUCUAUGAUGAUAUAACCGUAACACAUACUGACAGCUCCUAUUUCAACGAACAUUACGAAACGUCGUUCAAGAAGGAGCUUUGCGCUGAGCCAACGUCUGAGGCACAACGAAAGCAGAUUGCAUUCUCAAGUCCAGCAGACUCGAAUGGCGGUGAUGGAUUCCGGCCCAUGUAUUAUACUUAUACAUACGACAGCAACCCGAGGCUGAUCGAAAUGUCAUUCAACUGCACCAACUACCAGCACCAGUUUCGCCAGCCGGACGUCAGCAACAAACGGGCACCAAAGCCUGUGUAUCAAACCAUCUUUCUCGACAAGAAUCGCAAAGACCUCUGGACCAUUGACAAAAUUGACAAGGGUCAAAUCAUCAAGAAGAACUGGUGGCAUCAACUCGGGCAUCGAUGGAUUCAUUACCUACGUGUCGUGCCGAACAUGAUGUUCAUCCAAGGUAGAAGUAGCACCUACUUCGCGGGAUCAUGGACACUGGUUAAUAUGCACGAAGUAGCCUGCGUCAGCGGUGUUGCCGCGGCGUACCGCAUGGGUGCCGAUUACGAGCAAUUCGACGAUUUCGCGACGGACUUCUUCUCCAAGUACUUGCUGCUCUCGCAUGGGCUUAUGUUUUCGCGACAGGAAAAGAAGAGAGGCAAUGCAAAGAGUCACUCACAGUAG